AUGCUUUCUUCUCCCUUUCUUUUGGCUUGGCCCAUUCUUUCUUUCUUUCUUUCUUUCUUUCUUUCUUUCACAUGUGCCUCUCUUUCCCUUGUUUUCCUGCACCAUAUGCUUUCUUCUCCCUUUCUUUGGCCUGACCCAUUCUUUCUUUCUUUCUUUCUUUCUUUCUUUCUUUCUUUCACAUGUGCCUCUCUUUCUCUUAUUCUUCCCGCACCAUAUGCUUUCUUCUCCUUUUCUUUUGCCAGUCCCAUUCUUUCUUUCUUUCUUUCUUUCUUUCUUUCACAUGUGCCUCUCUUUCUCUUAUUCUUCCCGCACCAUAUGCUUUCUUCUCUUUUUCUUUUGCCUGCCCCAUUCUUUCUUUCUUUCUUUCUUUCUUUCUCAAGUGCCUCUCUUUCCCUUGUUUUUCCCGCACCAAAUGCUUUCUUCUCCUUUUCUUUUGCCAGCCCCAUUUUUUCUUUCUUUCUUUCUUUCUUUCUUUCUUUCACAAGUGCCUCUCUUUCCCUUGUUUUUCCUGCACCAUAUGCUUUCUUCUCCUUUUCUUUUGCCUGCCCCAUUCUUUCUUUAUUUAUUUCUUUCUUUCUUUCUUUCUUUCUUUCACAAGUGCCUCUCUUUCCCUUGUUUUUCCUGCACCAUAUGCUUUCUUCUCUCUUUCUUUGGCCUGACCCAUUCUUUCUUUCUUUCUUUCUUUCUUUCUUUCUUUCUUUCUUUCUUUCUUUCUUUCUUUCUUUCAGUGCCUCUCUUUCCCUUGUUUUCCUGCACCAUAUUUCUUCUCCCUUUCUUUGGCCUGACCCAUUCUUUUUUCUUUCUUUCUUUCUUUCUUUCUUUCUUUCUUUCUUUCUUUCACAUGUGCCUCUCUUUCUCUUAUUCUUCCCGCUCCAUAUGCUUUCUUCUCCUUUUCUUUUGCCAGUCCCAUUCUUUCUUUCUUUCUUGCUUUCUUUCACAUUCCCAUUCUUUUCUUUCUUUCUUUUUUUUUCAUGUGCCUCUCUUUCUCUUAUUCUUCCCCACACCAUAUACUUUCUUCUCCUUUUCUUUUGCCAGUCCCAUUCUUUCUUUCUUUCUUUCUUUCUUUCACAAGUGCCUCUCUUUCUCUUAUUCUUCCCCACACCAUAUACUUUCUUCUCCUUUUCUUUGCCUACCCCCAUUCUUUUCUUUCUUUCUUUCUUUCUUUCUAAGUGCCUCUCUUUCCCUUGUUUUCCCACACCGUAUACUUUCUUCUCCUUUUCUUUUACCAGCCCAAUUUUUUCUUUCUUUCUUUCUUUCUUUCUUUCUUUCUUUCUUUCUUUCUUUCUUUCUUUCACAUGUGCCUCUCUUUCCCUUGUUUUUCCUGCACCAUAUGCUUUCUUCUCCUUUUCUUUUGCCUGCCCCAUUCUUUCUUUCUUUCUUUCUUUCUUUCUUUCACAAGUGCCUCUCUUUCCCUUGUUUUUCCUGCACCAUAUGCUUUCUUCUCCCUUUCUUUGGCCUGACCCAUUCUUUCUUUCUUUCUUUCUUUCUUUCUUUCUUUUCUUUCUUUUUCUGUGCCUCUCUUUUUUUUUUUUCCUUGUUUUUCCUGCACCAUAUGCUUUCUUCUCCUUUUCUUUUGCCAGUCCAUUCUUUCUUUCUUUUUCUUUCUUUCUUUCUUUUUCUUUCUUUCUUUCUUUUUCUUUCUUUCACAAGGAGUGCCUCUCUUUCCCUUGUUUUCCUGCACCAUAUGCUUUCUUCUCUUUUUCUUUUGCCAGUCCCAUUCUUUCUUUCUUUCUUUCUUUCUUUCUUUUCUUUCUUUCUUUCUUUCUUUCACAAGUGCCUCUCUUUCCCUUGUUUUUCCUGCACCAUAUGCUUUCUUCUCCCUUUCUUUGGCCUGACCCAUUCUUUCUUUCUUUCUUUCUUUCUUUCUUUCUUUCUUUCUUUCACAAUCGGUUCAUUAUCUAUCUAUCUAUUUGUUGUUUGGCUAUCUAUCUAUCAAUCUAUCUUAGUUCGUUCAUGUCAGAGUCUGUUCAUAUCUAUCUAAGUCGGUUCAUUAUCUAUCUAUUUGUUGUUUGGCUAUCUAUCUAUCUAUCUAUCUGA